AUGCUGCCCCUUCGAUCUACCCCGGUGCGCAAGGCUCCGGUUAUCGUCCUCGAAGAGGCGAACCGAGCACAUACAAUGGAAACGACGGCGUCGACGUAUUCGGAGCUAGAGGCCUCGCCGGCGCCCGUUACUUGGGGGAGCGAAUCCGUCUCUGCUUCGCCCUCGCCGGCCUCUGGCGCCAACCAUCAUUCCUUUCACCCGGUUCGCAAGACUUUCGCUCGCUCGGUGGCGCCGACGACGAAGUCCGUGAAGCAUUCCGUGCAGGCGAGCACUACCGCAUCUUCCCCUGCCUCAGGUACGCAGCUCCUCAGCGCAUCAACUAGAGAGUCUUCUCCACCGCCAGCGUCACCUUCUCCGCUUCGCGGCAUCAUAGACUUUCACCGCGGCUCCUCUCCGUCACCGCACCGGCCCACGCGGUAUGCCGGUGGCGACCCGAGAGAACGCGAACAAGCGGAACCGAAAAGCGCGGCUGACAGUCGCGCAGGCCCGGAGUCCCCCUCGCUGUCGUCAUCUAGGGCGUCGGAGAUGUUUUGUCGCAGCCCGGCCCCGGCGCGCUCGUACAUCGAGGAGUUUCUGGCCAUGUCCGAUGAAGACGGUAACGGCGUGUUGCCGCACGUGGAGACAACACCGGCCAUUCGCGACAGCGGGGGCGUAGGGCAUGAUUCUACCUCUCCUUCCCCUCACGUAAUCGGCGUGGCUCUCGACAACUCGCCGGUUGUGCGAGAGAUGUGGGAAGAAACGAGUUCAUCUGCGUCUAACUCUUCGACCGGCGUCUCGGACGGGUUUGAGAAGGCGGAGGCGUCGCAGCCGCGGCACCGCAGCGCGUCUGUCGCGCGCAUCCAUUUCAGCUCCGCUUCUCCGAACUCUCCGCUGCCGGCUCAGCUGACCGCCUCCCCUAUGAAAUGGAGGCGGGGCGUGGAAAACUCGCCUCCAUCGCAGGGGGACGCUUCCAACGUACCACAACGGCCUGCGGCCAUGAUACAAGAGAAGCAUGCAUCGUCGCCGAUGGCCGACACGAAGGCAGCGUGGUCUGCAUCGAUGUUUGCCACGAAAGCCAGAGUUGGCAUCAACUGGAGCAGCAGCUGCCUGUCCAGCCGCAGCGGAGAUUUUCAGCACUGCGAGGCGGUGGAGAGAGUUUUGCGCUUCCCACCCGAUACGACACAGGAGGAGGUGGCUCGCAUCGACUACGUGAAUAAUGAAAAGGAUGGCAAGGGCGCAAAGAUAGCCUCCGCCCUCUUCCAGGCUGCGCCCGUCGUCUCAGACGACGUCGCUGGCCAUUGCAGUGGACAAAGCCGAGUCCAGCAGUCGCCAUUUGUAGCGCCGCCGCUCUCGUCGUGGCGACCCAGCGAUUUUCCGGCGUCACCGCCCGUCGGCACAGAGCGGCACGUGACGAUACCAUCUUUUGGUAGUAGUGAAGCGAGCGCUCGCCGCGGCGCUUGGUUCGACGAACUUGGAGGGGGUCUAGUGGCUGCCCCUCGUGCGACACGAACGGACAGUGAGUCGCCGGCAGUGCACCGCUUUCUCGGCGGCAGCGCGCCUUCUUUUCCCACGAAUCGGUGGAAUGUGGCACCUCCGCUGCUGCGGCGCGUAGAUGAAGGGGUAUCUGCCAGUGAGCCUCACCUGCCACCGAAUAGCUCGGCGCAGAAGUCGAGCAUGCGGACCCUUCUCGCUAGGCUUUAUCCAUUUCCGUCUGCGUCGACUCGUCGUGGCGCGGGUUCUGGCACCGUUUCUCAUGACAAACGUUAUGCCUCGCAGAUGUCCGAACGAACGGCUGACGCUCCACCGCCCCGCUGGAACGCGUCCACCAAACUCCACUGCGACCCGCUCACAGGGGGCAUUGAGCUGCCGCGUGCGAACGAACGCCACUCGAGCGUCCGGCACGGCGGCCAAAGUGGGAGCAGCGACGACUACGUGAGCGAGCGGCCCGUCCCUUCACAUGGUCGUCGAAGCAGGUCCGCCCCGGCACAGGCACCACUGCACACGCGCGCCUCGCUCUUGCGACUGGAGGCGACGCAAGCACGCAAAGCGGCAGACGCAGCACUUCAUGAAAAAGUGGCGUCGCCAUCAUUUCAUCCAACCGUCGCCCCACACAGUGCGCGCAUCUGCCGAGAAAAACUUCGUGAGCUGAAGAACUCUCACGGUGCCGGUGUUGCUGCGGGUGCGGCGGCGGCGGCAGCAGCGCCACGGACUCAGCUGGAACAAGCAUCGCGGACAGAGAACUGUAAAAGCGAAGCCAAAGCGUGGCAAGGCACCUCUGCGCAGAGUAUAGUGGGUGACGCUGAAGUGGUGGCAGACGUCUCCGUGUCGAGCUCAGACGAGGUCGAUGCAGAGACGAUUGCACAGGUGACGAGUCCCUCAUGUCCCUUAGUGGCAACUUUACCCGCCAGACAACUGCCUCUGCCCCAGGUCGCGGAGCUUUGGGGAGCGAGUUCUAUCGACGGUGCACGUGUGUACGCAGACGCCGCUGCGCUACGAGAACGUCGACAGGCAACGCAACAACGUUGGCUACAAGAGAGGAAACCGGAAGAGCAGCCGCAUAUGCAGAUGCAUCCUCGCCGUGGUGCCUCCUCUUCUGCCACGCGGCAGCCGACAGAGGAUCUAGGCUGCCCGAAGCCACCUCGUCCGCAAGUCUCCGCGGCUACAGAUCGCAUUAGCACCUCGAUACAGUGCAAUCUGUUGCCCAGUGAGCGCACGGUGGGUCCUGAAAAAAUGACUGCUCCUGGUUUAGAUUUGCAGCUGGGUGCCGCGCCCGUCUCCGUUGGCGCACAACAUGCGCCACUGAUUGCCGGUUUGCCGAUGGCAGCACACACGGCGCUUCAGCGCGUGGACCUGUACAGCACCACGCCAACUGGCGCACUAGAGACCCGCGCCACCUCGCUGGAGAGGCAGCAUCGUGUGGAAGACCGGCUACUGAAACUCGAAACGGACCGGCGACGUCGACUGGGAAUGUUGCGCCAUCUCGCAAGCAUGCGCGACUCGCUGACCGACAAACCCCUUUUCAAACCGUUCACGGGUCGCUGA